ACGAUCAAACUCGCUUGAACACGCUGGCGGCUGCUUUAUCUAAAAAUAAAAGUCAGAAACGAAAGUCGAACGCAAUAAAAAUAUACACAUAUGUAUCUGCACCGAUAGUUCAACAAGACAAGUUUCAAUUGGUACUUUAUUUAUAAGUUCAAAAUUUGGUAUAUUUUUUAGACAUUUUUGUGAAACAGUGACAGUGUUGAGGAAUUCCCCAUACCUGCAGUGCAUAAAUUAUGUCACUUUGCUGCUGGCAAAUCUGCUCAAUCAUUGCGUAUUUAAAUUUAAAAACUCUUUAGACAAGCUUCGUAAAACUUCAUUAAACGCAAGUACGUAAAUCUACGUGAGGUUAAGUUUAGCAACAAAUUUUCAAAAGACAACCGAUAACAAUGUCAAAAAGAAAGCCGAUCAAUGCAAAUUUCAACGAUGCCAAUUUCCAAACCAAUGGCAGUCUGAAUUAUAAAAAUACAAAUCUCAAUUUUCGGCCAAAACCUAUGCCCGAGAAUCGAGGCGGAACUCGGCCAAUUGCAGAACCAAGCUCUGUUAGUUUAAUUCUUGUAACCAUGAUUGUUCAUGUUUGCAAAAAAUCUCUAUUGUAUGAUCCAAAAUUGAAAGCAGGUAUAUACCUCAUACUUGUUUUGAUUGGAUCGAUUUUAGCAGAUGUGUUACCUAUACCUAAAACGUAUUUUUCUAAAUCAAACAAUAUAUUUAAUAGAUUAUUUAUUAAAUGGGCUUGGGGAUGGCUUUUAACUACUGUUGGACCUUGGAUUAUCAUAACAGCUUACACUAUAGGAUGUGGGAGACGAUCCUAUGUUAUAAGACAUAUUGCAAGAUUGGUAUUUGCUACUCUUGCUUGGAUAUUUUGGAUACAAUUUUUCCAUUUUGUAGAGACAAACUAUGGACGUUGUGUAUCAAAAGAUAAAUCACUUACAACCAAAGUAAAGUGCUUGCAGGCAGGAAAUAUGUGGAGCAGCUUAGAUAUAUCAGGACAUGCAUUCAUCAUUAUUUAUUCCACAUUAAUUCUGGCAGAAGAAGGAUAUUCUUUUCUUGGAUGGGAAAAAAUAAAAGACUCUUUGAUGCACGAGGAAUAUAACAGAAAAAAUUCUAAUGAAACUAACACCAAUUAUCUGAAGAAUCUUCCAGAGAGUGACUUCAGUUUUCUCAAUAAAGCUUACAAGGAUUUGACUCCUUAUUUAAGAGGUCUGUUCAUAGCUAUGACAAUACAACAACUGAUAUGGGAUGUCAAUCUGGUAGCAACAAUACUAUACUAUCAUACUAUGAUAGAAAAAUUCUUAGGUGCUGUAGCUGCAAUUCUCACUUGGUAUAUGAGCUACAACUGGUUGUUUAGAAUACAACUAUUAGGUUUUUCUGUACCAGGUGAAGGAAGUUUCAAAUAUUAUGAAUCUAAGGAUAAAAUUACAGACUAUGUUCUCAAAUCAAGGCGCUCCUUUACAUACAACAGAGGUCCCUUAUUUAUGGGUAUGCCGAUAAAAACAGGAAAAGAAGAACUAAAUAAAGUUGAUUCACGGACAAAAGACUUAGAUAAAUCAAAAAGAUUUUAAAAAUUUUAAUAACAAAAAAAGUUUGAAUCUUAUUCAUUAGCAAAAAUUAUAUUAGUAUUUGUUACUGAGUUUUCAUAAAAAACUUUUAAGCGGGUGUAUGUACAGUUGAAUAUUGUUACAAUAUUACAAUUUCUAUACAUAAUGUUAAGGAAAUUUAUACAAUAGGAUUUUUAAGAUAAACAUUUACAAAAUGUUUGAGUACCUUAUAGAGCAAGUAAUAUUAAUAUUCAAUGAUUUGAAAUAAAUCAUGUGAAUUAAACAAAUCAUCUAGUUUAUAAAACCAUUUGUAAGAUAAAUCAUCGAAAAAAUUGGUUGAAUAACUUUAGAAUAAAUUUAUACUAUCAUGUCAAAUUGCUCUCUGUAAAGUUGUUGAUUGUUUUGCAUACAUUUUUCUAAAAUUAUACUUUAUCUAUUGUUUAAAUUUUUUGUUU